CGUCUUUGUUGUUUCCGCAGCUGCAACAUGCGCCGCUGCAAGCCAUGCCCUCGCUUCUUGUCCUUGGCACGCCAGAAAUCGGGGUGCAGCUUUGCCGUGCCAGAGGCAGCAGUGCUGCAGCCUUUGAUGUCACUUUCUCAUUCCCCAAGACGGCGAAAGGACUGAAAACCGCCUUUCUCUUCGGUGGAUCGCCGAAGCCACCAGACCCACCAACCAUGCAGGUGGCUGGGCAAGACCCUGAAUCGAAGCUGAGGGGCCAGGUCCACUACCAAGAUCAGGAGGGAUGCUACGCAGGCUGCGCCUCAGAUAGCAUGGCUGGAGGCAAAUCCUAUGGCUCGGUGACGCCGAAGAGGACUUUCCCCAAGCCCGACGAGGAGGAGGUGGUGCCACCACCACCACAACCAGCUGCGCAGCCGAAGCCAGGUACGCCUGGCGCGCCGGGGCCGGGACCGGCGCCAGCGAAGCCGGCAGCGAAGCCGGCGCCGAAGGCCCAAAAGCCGCGGCUUCAGAAAGUCUGCGACCCCUGGGGCCGGAUCACCGGCGCCUACAAGGGCAAGCUUUGUCAGGGCUCCGACUCCUGCGUCACGGCGCUGCCACUGGACUUUGGGCAACGAACGGGUGCUCCGUUUUGCCCCCAGGGCGACUGUUCCGGCAAAGCCGGGCACCCCUGGUGCGUGCCGGCCAAGUUCUUGAAGCGCUACGAUGGCCCAAUCGAGAUCAACUGCAAGUCCUCGGGGGAAGGGACGCUGGAACAGGGGGAUCCGAGCGGCUGCUGGUGGUUUGAGAAGAACGUUCCCAGAGAGGAGCUCCAAAGGCUCCCCGGCGUGGUGAUCGGGAAGUACGCGCCGAGGAAGGGCAUGCGCUUCUACAAGCGGACUGGAAAGGGGCUGACCUUCGAUGAAGCGGAGCGAUGGGUUCAGACGGGUCAGCUAGUGGAUCCCGCCAGCGUGGGCCCUGACCCUGAUGAUCCCAAUGAUCCAAGUGCGAAAAAUGUGGAGGAUGCAGUCGCUGAGCGAGCGCGCGCAAACGAAGAGAGGCUGAGCCGCCCGCCUGGAUCGCGGAGGCCAGCUCCACGCGCCUUGCCGGCACCACCGAUGGCAGAAGCACCAGCUGACAAUGGCCUCCAAAACGGGCCGCUGAAUGCCCCUGUGCCGCUGAACGCCCCUGCCGGCAAAGGUAUGGGCAAGGGCGAGGAGAAGCCACCAGUGCAUGGGAUACCGCAUCCAAAGAAGAGACAGGGGAACAAACCUGGAAAAAACAAGCAAGAAUCCUACGACAACAGGGAGGAAGGAGGCUCUGGCAGGGUGGGAGAUGAAGACGAGGAGUCCAUGCCUUUCUUGGCAGGUCUCCUGGGCGCUCCACCCAUUGUCAGGUCAACUGCACGCCAGCGGAGACGCAAGAUGCUUGCCGAGUUUCUUGCUGCAGAGCAGCCAGCACGAAAGGCAAACCUGGCUUAGC